AAGUGCAAUCGGACAGGCCAGACACCACUGCCGCAGCCGCCGCGCGCGUUCUCCCCAAAACAAAUUGCCCAAAUCCAAGCAAGAUGGUGCAAAAUAAGAUCACCGAAGUCACCGGAUUCCAUCGCUCCUUUAAGGGGCAAAAUCCGUUUGCAACAGAUGACUUCACCAAAAACGGAUCUCAUCUUAUUGAUUCAUCAUUUGAUUUUGAUUCCUCCCCAAGGCAUGACAUACCUUCCAGCCAGCCUAUUGACAUCCCUGAUGCUAAGAAGAGAAACAAGAAGAAGAAGCGUUGCAGGGCAACAGACAGUUUCUCUGGGCGAUUUGAGGAUGUUUACAGACUCCAGGAUGAAGUCCUGGGGGAGGGUGCCUACGCAAAGGUGCAAACAUGCAUAAACCUUAUAACCAACAAAGAGUACGCUGUUAAGAUAAUUGAAAAAAGACCAGGCCACAGUCGCAGUCGUGUCUUUCGUGAGGUAGAAAUGCUCUACCAGUGCCAGGGCCACAGUAACAUCCUUGAACUGGUGGAGUUCUUUGAAGAAGAAGACAAAUUCUACCUAGUGUUUGAGAAGCUCAGGGGAGGGUCAAUUUUGGCACACAUUCACAAGAGGCAGCAUUUCAGUGAGCAGGAAGCCAGAGUUGUCGUCCAGGACAUUGCUAGAGCCCUGGACUUCCUGCAUAACAAAGGAAUGGCACACAGAGACCUCAAACCUGAAAACAUCCUCUGCGAAAGUGCAGACAAGAUUUCCCCAGUUAAGAUUUGUGACUUCGACCUGGGCAGUGGGAUCAAGCUUAACAGUGACAGCUCACCCAUCUCCACCCCUGAGCUCCUCACACCUUGUGGCUCGGCAGAGUACAUGGCACCUGAGGUGGUGGAGGCCUUCAGUGAGGAGGCCACUAUUUAUGACAAGCGCUGUGACCUCUGGAGCCUGGGAGUCAUCUUAUACAUCAUGCUGAGUGGUUACCCACCCUUCGUAGGCCAUUGUGGGGGUGACUGUGGCUGGGAAUUGGGGGAACCCUGCCACAGGUGCCAGAACACUUUGUUUGAAAGUAUUCAGGAAGGAAAGUACGAGUUUCCUGACAAAGACUGGGCUCAUAUCGCCUCAAGUGCCAAAGACCUUAUAUCCAAACUACUGGUUCGGGAUGCCAAAAAUCGCCUUAGCGCUAGCCAGGUGCUGCAGCACCCUUGGGUGCAGGAGGGUACAUCUGACACUUUGCCAACACCAGUUUUUCAUCAGAGAAGCAGCAACGCGAGGGAUCUGACAUUCUUUGCGGACAAGGCCAUGGCUGUGAACCGGCAGUUGGCAGAACAGGAUGGCAUUGAAGACCAGCAUCAUCUGGAGACCCCCUUUGUGGUCACUGCCGCUGGCUCUUCCAUGCGCCUCUCUCCUCCUUCUAACUCUCAUCUGGCAAGACGACGGCAACGCAGCAGCCAGCCCAAGGGCGGCCCCGUCUCUGCUGCUGAACUCCGUCAGCUCUUGGCCCCUCUUGUUAUUGUGGGGGACUGUGCCUGAAUUCCGUCAGUGUUGACCACAGACCUACUACGAAGAUCGAAGACCUGCUCCUCUCCUUGCCCGUCUUUGACUCUAGCUCGCCUUGGUCCCUCGCCAUUCAGGCUCUUUCUGCCUCGCUGUAAGGGGAGACCGCAGCUCUUCUAAAUGCCUUUUGAUCUUCUGGAGCACUUCUGAAGCACAUCAGCCCAGGACCUGCAAAUAAAAAUGCACGUCCAGGUUUUUUGGGGAGGGGUGGUUAAGAGAAAAGUAUUUUCUAAGUUAUGUCCCCCACACCCCCUCCCCUUCUCUCAACACUUGUUUUAAAGUAAGCAAACCAAAGGACAACCUCUCGUGCUGCUCACACGUUACAACUGGAUCCACUGUGAAUUAAGUUGUCUGGAAUGUUCUUUUUGCGUUAAAGUAUAUGCAUGAAUAGUCAGUCUGCACAUGCAUACGAGCUUAUGCAAUACGCCAAGAUGAAGGUGUACAUACAGUAUGAGGUUGGAAGAGCUGUAAGCCAAUGCAGUCUGUGCCUGGUGCAGUAAUUGUCUGGCUGGGGGAUUCUUAAAAGCAUUUUUUUCUUUGUUCUCCAUUCAAAGGAAGAUGUUUUGGAUCAAUUUGACUUGGUCGCCAUGCAAUUAAAGCUCCAAGAGCAGAGAGUGUCUGUCCACUGCCAGCUGUGAUGUAAUUUAGUGCACUGAUUUAAACAGUUUGGCCAAAUGAUCAGUUGCUAUACUGUUCAGUGUGACGAGUCAAAAAUCUAACCAUUUGGUUGCCCCCAAAAAUGACUCUUCAGCUUUGAACAAUGUCUAGUAUGUUGCUCAGAAUUUUUUUUCAUAUAUAUAAAAUGUAAAGAAUUUAUGGCAUCCCAUAGCCACACCCAGUACAUAUGGUUUUUCAUUUUUGUAUUUUGUAUUUUUUUUUUUAAAUAAGGAACUAUAUGUAUGCAUUAGCUCUAACCUUUAUUUUUGGCAUCCAAGGUUAGAAAUCCCUCUACUGGAGGGUGUGAAAAGCACAUUUUGGCCUAUGUGACCUCGUCAUUUAAUUGAAUACACUUAUUUGGACCAUGAUGCGUUGUCUUAUUUUCGAGACGCCCAUUUCUAAAUAUUAACAUUGAGUUUUUUUUUUCCCCACAGACAAAAAAACAAACAUUAAAAAAAAGGAAAAACAUUCCGCAAAAGCAACAAAAAAAUGUCUUCCACAAAUGUGUAGCUGUAUUAUGUUUACCUUUUUUUUUUUUUUCCAUGUUUAAAACUCCAUGUGAAUGUGCCACUUUCAUUUUUUGUAUGGCUUUUUUUUUUUUUUUCUCCAUUUUGUGAUUGUUAAGGAGGUGCUACUGAGUUCCGGUGACGCACCAGCUGGUUUCUUUCAGUUUGUUUAUGGUAUAUGUUUAAGUUGAGUAUGCGAGUUGGCAGAGGUUUUAGUUGAUCUGGAGCGUUCUUGCCCAGAUUUUUUUUUUUUUUUUUUUUUUUUAUAAAUGUUCAUGAGUUGCCCAUUAUUUUCUUCUGGAAUGAAGUAAGACUUCAUUCUGAGACUGUGAUAGGCAGUGGAAAAGCAACGAUGUCUGUUUCAUGAAAGAGGGUUCAAGUCGUGACCUGGUAUAUUGAAACGUGUCAUAACCUAGCAGCCAGGUGCUGACAAUCCACUGCCAGCACUGCGGUAAUGGUACGCCGGACAUGGUUGCUUUGUUGGGAAAGAAUCUACUCUGCUGAUAACAGGACACUGUAAUAGCUCUCAAAACCACCUACAAAUGCAUCAUCAUGAGAUUUUAUGUCUUAUAAUAAGACUUGAAUUUGUAUAUGCAGGUGUUUAUUCUCUUAUUUGGGGAAACUAUGCUAAAUCUCAAUGCAUUAAGAUGAUGAUUAAGGCAAUCUUCUUGGGGUUUUUAAAACUCCUACAGUUCAGUAUUUUCUUUUUUUUUUUGUCUCUUUCAAGCAUAAGUUUGAUACUUGCAAUCAUGUGCGCACACAAAGGCC